AGGACUUUCAGGCAGGACGCAGAGUGCGCGCAGUGUUAGAGGCCGUUUGGAGCAGAGGAAAACACUGAUAAGCUGCUGCCAUUACGCAUGAAGCCCCACAAUAGGGGGACCCCGCCAGACUGAGCCCCCCCCCUCUCCUCCUCCUCCUCCGGCUGCUGGUAACUUGCCGUCGACGCGCAGCUCCGCUCCAGUUUGUUUUUGGAGCGGCUCCGACGACGCAGCGCAGACAUGGCUUCGCUCCGCACGGCGCUCCCGACGCUCUGCCUGCACCUCUGUCUCCUCGGCGGCGUGAGGGCCAUGGUGGAGUUGACCAUGAAGGAGAGCGUCGAGGUACGCAUGGACGACUCGGCCCACAUCCCCUGCCAGUACAGCUUCACCGAUGCCAGCACUGAGCCCAGCUUCGUCAUGAUCCAGUGGUUUGUGAAAGACGCCAGCGGCUCGCGGCUGCGCAUCUUCUACGGCGACGCCACGCAGCAGAUAGUGGACAACCGCACGGACUACAGCGGCCGCAUCAAGGUGGCUCUGGGGGAGCAGGGGGCUCGGCUCACCAUCCACCACGUCCAGAUCUCCGACGAGAGGGAGUUCUUCUGUCAGGUGAACGGACUGGCUGCUGGGAGCGCUGAGGGCAAGACCCACCUCAGAGUGUUCGCUGUUCCAGAAGCUCCAGUGAUCGAGGGCGUUCUGACUGGUAUCUCUGUGACCAGCAACUUUCCAUCUAAAGUGGCGUCUUGUGAGGUUCGGAACGGCUUCCCUAAACCCAACAUUACCUGGUACAAGAACGGCGUCCCACUGGUGUCCUCACCAGGACAUGUAAACGUGUUGAUCCUGGUGACCCGGGAGUCCAGUGGCUUGUACUCAGUCCAGAGCACGCUGGAGUACAAGGUAGCGAGGGAGGACAAGGAUGCUCUUUUCACCUGUGAGCUCAGCUACUUCACCCCUGAACAAAUCAGGACGAUGGAGUCCAGCAGCGUCAACAUUACUGUUCACUACCCUACCACCAUGGUGGAGCUUUGGAAGGAGUCGCCCCAGGGCUUGGUCAAAGAGGGGGACACUGUGGAGCUGCGUUGCCAGGGCGACGGCAACCCCCCACCGCCCUUCAUUUUCAACAGAGAACAAGACCAGGACUCGGCGCUGGAGAGCAGCGGCGACACGGUGUUCCUGUCGCCAGUGACGCGGAAGGACAGCGGCAUCUACCAGUGCCGCCCCCUGGACACGGACGGACAGAGCGACGUCAAAGGGGAAAUGCAGCUCACCGUGCACUAUUUGGAUCCAGCCGUUGUGGUUCCUAAAGACUCUGAGGUCGUGCACAGAGGAGAGGAUCUGACUGCAACAUGUAAUGCUCUGUCCUCCCUGAAGACAAACACUGUCUGGUACAAGGAUGGCAAACAGGUGGGUAAGGGCAACACGUUGCACCUGCACGACGCCACCUAUGACACAGCAGGAGUGUACGUUUGCGAGGUGACCGUUCCCUCCCUGCCCGCCCUGCACACCAGCAGCUCCGUUGACAUCACCGUCCAAGGAGGUCCCGACCUGAUGGAGGAGGACGUCGAACUGACGGAAGACACAGGCAGAAUCGUGAACCUGAGCUGCGAGGCCCAGGGACACCCGAAGCCCAGCAUCUCCUGGACCAUCGCUGGCAGCCAGAACUGGCAGGAGGUGGUGAGCAAGUCCACCGAGCACAUGGCUCAGAGCGUGGUCUCAGUGGAAGUCACCUCAGACAUCAGCGCUGUGUGCAACGUGUCCAACAAACUGGGCGCAGAAGUCAGGACCUUCAGCAUUAAAGCCAUUCCCAGAGUCACCACCACCGCUCGCUUCUCACCGGCCGAGGGCAGCGGCGUCAUCAUCGUGGUGAUCAUACUGUGUCUGCUGCUGCUCGCCAUCCUCGGCAGCGUCCUCUACUUCCUGCACAAGAAGGGGAAGAUCCCGUGCGGCCGCUCGGGGAAGCAGGAGAUCACCAAAGAGAAGACCACCAAAGACGACAUUGUUGUGGAGAUGAAGACCAACACAAAGCCUGAGGAUGCUGUGCUGCUAAAGGCCGUCAACGGAGACAAAAAGGCCUCUGAUGACCAGUGAAGACCCGGCGCUGACAAACGGGCCAGCAGUCGGUGUGUGUGUGAGCAGAGGAGGCGGCCGUCACUGAGCUGCUGGCAAACGCCGCCUCCGAGUCCAGACAUUCCUCCAUCGCUGUUUGUUCUCAGCAGUAUUCAAUAGUUUUAUACAAGAAAACACCACACGCAUGCGCACACACACACACACACACACACACACACACACACACACACACACACACACACACACACACACAGGUAUGUACAGAUGUGUAUGUUCUUUUGAAUGAAUGUUUGCUUCUUAGACAGUUCUUUCAUUCGUUUUGUUCAGCUGUUGUUGUGCGUUGGACGAUGUCUCUUCCACGUCGUCGCCAUUUGUUCCGUUCUGUUAUGUACGUGUACAUAUUAAAGAUAUUUUGUUAUUUAAGUCAUUGUGGCACUCAGAUUCUCAUUCGGCAGAAGCAUCUGGGAUGCGAGGUGUGCAUGUUGAUCCAUGUUGAUGGGAGCGGGCGGUGAUGUCAGAGACCAAACACUAGCUGCUGAUCUGUCAUUGAGUUCUCGCUUUAGUUUGAUUUGAUGGAGCAUCUGUAGACGAGAUCCUCCCAAAAACCCCAACAAUAGUUAGUUGAUUUCACUGGCAGCCUCUCUGUGCAAACUGCUGUCAAGCCUCUACUGUUUGUAAAUACGUGUAGUGUACAGAUCUGCUAGUGGUGGCCUUGGACUGUUACCGAAGGGGCAAAGGUCAAAGGUCAGCGAUCUGCUGUGCCUGUUUCCAGACUGCAUCAUACACUGAAUUUGUUUGUUCUUGCUGUGUGUUUUCACUGAGCGCUGGGCCACGAAGGUGCGUCUCGCCGUCGUGUACCGCAGCUCACGGUCAAUACCGCGCUGCUGACCGUUCUGCAACACGCUGCAAGCUCUUACGCUGAUCUCAGCGAGGAGACACUUGAAACUCCGCCGAGUUCGAAAACCCGUGCGCGGCGAAAAUGUAGUUUUCUGUUCAAAGUGAAAAUGUCUGAGAUUAGAUGUUUAAGAUGUAGAACUGUCCAUGUACAGAACAGCCUCGGGUGAGAAAUGUCCUCAUGUGACGCUGUUACGGUUCAGUAAAGCUGCACAAAGCCAUAAAACCGAUCUUCUUGUGUGCGCAGAUGCUUCUGACUUGAGCUGUUCCGUAUGUCUGCACCUCGUUCUUCUAGUUCAACUUUCAAUUGGGCGUUCUUUUUUGUUUUCUCUGGAUUUUUGCCAGUGGUAAAAAAAAAAAAGUUUGAUACUGAACAUUGAAAUUGCUUUUUUUUCCCCAUAAAUGUGUGUAAAUUAAAAACUGUACAUGUGCUUUGAUGCUUGCAUUUUUUAUAUUUUUUUGCAAGAAAAUAAUGCCAAAUAAAAAUGUUUCUUCUAAA